AUGAGCCGACUUUUCCAUCCACUUCAAGCUGGACAUCGACAGCAGAUAAAGGACCGUGCCACGAAACAGAAGAAGGAGAUGACUAAAAAGACAAUUCAAAAGGGCACAAACAAAAAUCAGGUGACUGGAGGACGAGACUUGCGCAGCUCUGCAGCCUAUCCUCGCGAUUUUGGCCGUGAGGAACUUCCAGAAGGAUGUCAUUGGCAACAUGCAAACUUUGAUAGCAUGCUUCAGCUGGUUAGCUACGCUGCUCGUAAUGGUGGAUACCAUCCUGACCCUGAUGUGCCCAUUCAGAUCCAGCCUUCGGUGUCAGCCUUUGAAACUUUGAGAGCCCGCCUGGAGGAACGGUGA